AAGGGGCGGGGCUUUCCUAUGUCUCGGAAUCCAGCCGCGACCUGGGUACUGUCUGGCGGCGGGACUUGGUGGCGGCAUGUCGGGGCCGAACGGGGAGCCGCAGGUGCCUGCGGGAAACGCCGGGCACGGCGAGGAGGGGGACGAUGACGGCUUCGGGGAUACCGAAUAUGCAGCAAUAAACUCCAUGCUGGACCAGAUCAACUCCUGUUUGGAUCACCUGGAGGAGAAGAAUGACCAUCUGCAUGCCCGCUUGAAGGAGCUGCUGGAAUCCAACCGUCAGACACGUCUGGAGUUCCAGCAGCAGCUGAGUGAAGGGCAGAACCUGCAGACUGAUGUGCAGGGACCACACAUGGACAUCUAGUUCCUGCUCUUUGCUGGACACACACUGUCAUAGUUUUUACUUCCAAUGGGACCUCCGCUGUCUGGUUUAAUGUAAAACUUGACUAGAAAAGUACUUGCUGUUGUGCAUUCCCUCCAGUGGUUAAAUGUUCUGCCCUUCUCUGUGUUGUCUUGUUUUCUCUUGGUGACUGAUGCUACAUCAGCAAAUAGGUGGGUAAGGGGAGAGAUGUGGAGUCAAAACUUCCACCUCCCAAAUGUAGCUCCAGUUCUGAGCUGACAGUGACACCAUUAGAAGUGGAUAUGAGAAGCCUCUCCUGCAAGUAUGGGCAUUCAUGUAUAGGCCCCUUUUGCCACAAUUCAACUACAAAGGAAAGUGGUGGCUGUUCUGAGGACUGUCUACCUCAUAGACUCCUUUCCCCCAGUAAACUGGGCUUCUAAACCUUACAGCUCUGGAGAUCCAUACCAAAUGGUGGUGCCAUUCUGGGCCCAGACUUGCUCUGUGUUAACAGGCUUCUUCUGGGGCUUAAAUCAUCUGGUUUCUUCUACACUGUAGCUGCAGUCUCCCUGCAGUCUGCACUUCAGUUAAGCUUACAGAAGUUCUAUGAUGAGAAACAUUGGCUAAAUGACAGGACUCCAGUCCAAUAUUCCCCCUUCCAAACCCCUGUAGUGUAAGCUACCCUCAUGCUCUACUUAAGGGAGAGUAAAGAGCAGCUGAGUAACUCCUUAAACCAAUUCUAGAGACUCCACAGUGGCUUCUGAGAGGUAUUACCAUAGAGCAGCCUAAUCUGCUCCCCUUGUGGUGUCACAGCCUCAGUGUGAGAGAGGGUAGGGGAGGCUUGCCCAGCAAUGCUGUCGUGCCGUCCUUCCUGAAUGUCUGGGAGAUAAAAACAUGGUUGUAAGACUGCAUGACCACUAAGUCUGUGAAACUGCUUUGAUUGUGUCUGUGGCUUCUCACGUCAAGGCCUACCAUUGUGAAGUGACUGUCAAUAUGUACAGUUUAGAGAUAGUAUUUAUAAAUAAACUUUUAGUCAUCUUAAACUGAA